AUGGCAACAGAAUUACCUAAGAUCGAAUCUCUUAAGACACCUCUUCGGCGUUCAUCUUCAAAAAGUUUUAAAGGAAUUAUUCGUAUAUUCCGACCGGAUUCCUCCAAAUCAUCCAAUAUGAAAAUUCGAAUUCCCUCCUUUCGUGAACAUAAAAAAACUCCCACUUCUGUCCAGUCUCACCCUCAAGAACUCGAAAAUCUUCUCAAAGAAAUCGUAAGUUGCCUUAUUUUCACCUUAUUCUCCAAUCUCAGUUGA